UGGAGCCUAACAAACCACUUGUAUUGGAUGAAGCUAAAAACCUGUGAUACUUUCCUAAAAAUCUUAAAUCCUGUUCCGAUGAAGGAAGAAGGAAACAUCUUGGAUGGCAUGAGUUAUCAGCAAAUGUUCAUUUUUGGGUGAGCUAUUCCUUGAAGUAACCUUAUAUAACAAGGACCAAGCCCAUUUCUUUCUUCUGAUAGUUUUAUGAGAUUUUUCCAUGGAAUUCUGUAUGCUUUCCCUUCCGCGUUAACGGACCAGUUCACGACGGACUCUCGUGUGACGUAGAAACAGAACGUGCUCGAACAGCGAAUAAGAGCACAAGAAUUGCAUUUGUUCCAGGAAAGAUCGUAAUCAGACCCUGUUGCUCAAUUCCAUUUUGUCUAAAGGGAAGUGUCUUGUCUAGGGUGGGAGCUAUUCGUUCGUGAGCUGAGUUCCGUGUGAAAGAGCACGUUGUAUUUAAAUACAUAGACAGAAGUAGGAAAUAGAGUAAAUUACACUUCUAUUUUGACGACACGGACAAGUCAACGGAAUGACAUAUAAACUUAUUUUUUAGUAGCCUACCAAUUUGGCUGUAUUUUUGGAUUACUUUGUUUAUAAAGCACGGGCACGAUGUAUUUCACAGCCUUUCGGUGUCAGAUCGUUCUCCUGCUGCUCUGCCACGCACUUUGUCACGAACCAGCAGAGGACGACUUGACCUGUUUCAAUGACUAUGAAACAGAAAUAAAAUGCAGUCUUUCUUACAAUCUCAUAAAUUGCCCUGAAUACAAGCUCAACAUCAACCACAGUGUAGUAGAUGAUGGAUUCUUAUAUUACAGGUUCAAGAAUUAUUCAUGCAUUUUUGAGAGAAGACAUCACAAUGCCAGUGUUUGUGAAUGCAACUUGACAGUGACCGAUGAGUUUGUACCAUAUGAGACCUUCUAUUUUACACUUCUGGAAGGAGAGAAUGUUUUAUUAAAAAAAACAUUUCAUACUCAGGAGUUUAUCAAACCAAAAACUCCAGGUAUCGUAUCUGUGGAGAAGACCCCAAAUGGAAAUUUUAAAGUAACUUGGGACAACAAGUAUGAAAAUAAAUGGAAGAGUUUUGUACAAAAUUUGCAGAUAGAGCUGACCUAUGGUAUCAAAGGAGAAAAAGACACAAUGCCCAAUAAGGUGAUGAACCAAGUGGGAUUCUAUGAGAUUGUAGGUAGAAAUCUCAAGCCAAAUGCCAACUACAUUAUGACAGCAAGAGCGAGCACAGAGUAUAACAACCAUCAGAUAGUUAGUGACCAAAGCACACCAUAUGAGUUUACCACUUCCUCAUCCCUCAAUGAAAUCUUUAAAAUAGUAAUCCCAGGUGUAUGUGUUGGUUUGAUCAUUAUUAUAUUCAUUAUCUUCAUCUGCUUUUUCAGAAUCAAGAGGUUGUGGUGGGACAAGAUCGUCAAGCCACAACUAGAUCCUGACCUUGGAAAACAAAAGGGUCACAUGUUGCCUCCUUCCAAUAUGAAGUUCUCCCCUAUCGUUGUUGAGAUUCCAAAACUGGACGUCCAGGAUGACAAGAAAUGUCUGGCAUUGCUCUCGGAAAAUACAAAUAAUGAAAAUAGUUUCAGUAGUGUUGAAUCGACAGUGGAUUAUGGUCAGGCAUGCUCCGUUAUCCAGGAUCAGAAUAGGAACAUGAUUAAACUCACCAUGCUUGCCCUACAAGCGGAACCAUUGUUUAACUUCAACACUGUGAUGCCAGUCAAGAGAGAACGCAACCAUGCAAAUAGAGAUUCUGGUAAUGGCUCGCGGUCAUCGUUUUUCAGCAACAGCUCAUAUUUGGAAUCAUCAGCCCCGGAUCAUUCUUUAUUCCUAGACCUAACUUCUGAUCCUUCCUAUCACUCUUACAAGUGGGAAGUUUCAAAUCCGGUCAAGACCCAACUUAAUUCUGCUGCUGUUGUUACAAUGGAAGAUGAAUAUCAGGACAUAGGAAAUACAAAUCUUAAAAAUAUUAGCUCUGAUUUUGAUGAGAACUUUAUCAUAGAUGAUUUAACAACCUCUAAAUAUCCACUGUAUCCUCCUCCUACUCCCCAUGAUGGUGGCAUCACCCCAAGUGAUAAUGAAUACCAGGAUUUCCAAAGCUUAUCGAAAAACACAGGAGGACAGUGGAGCUCAACCUCACAAGCUGAAAUGGCACUUGGGGAGUGUGGAGCACUGAAAAUCCCUCAUUCCGUUUUGGAGACUGACCAUACACCCACAUCAGAACAAGAAAGUUCUUGGAAAUCUUCUUUGCUUAUCUCACCAUGCAUUCAAAUAGACAAUUCCUAUCAUUCUGUUUAACUGUGCAGUCAAAACAAAUAGGCGGUAAAUGGUUCAUUCUUGUUGCACCAUUUUUCUGUGUAUUCACUACAUUUGUUAAUCUUACAAUUAAUUUUGAUGAAUCAAUCAUUUGAAAGUAUGACCUGUGAUAACUAAUUGUGAGAACUAAAAAUAAGGUAACCUUUUUCCACAACAAAGAACAUUUUGUAAAAUGUAAUGGUUCCAUAGAAGGUAUGGAUCUUUAUGAAACCAUACAUGCUAAUAACUUUUUACAUGCAUACAUAUAUAUAUAUAUAUAUAUAUAUAUAUAUAUUAUUAUUAUUUUUUUUAUUUUUUUACAUUUUUUUUAUCUUAUAGCCAUAAACUUGCACCUUGAACACUGUCAAAAAUGCUUUAAUCAUGAAGCCAUAUGAAACAUUUUAAAGUCACAUUUGGUAUGACAUAAGGCUUUAUUAUAAUGUCAGAUGGUAUCCUCCUCAGUAUUAGAAAAAAAAGUUACCUGUAUUUCAUAACAUUGAACAGGUACAGUUUGUAUAUACAGUGGGUUUAGGGUUGGAUGACAUUGUUAUUUUUUUGUUGUUUGUUGUUGAGUAUUUUAAUAUUGUCACUAUUUUUUAACAGCAAAUUGGUUAAUAUUCAUAUGUAGACUCAAACCUCUUGCAACAAUUCUACAACAACUAUGGAAAAAAAAAAAAGUAUUGUAUAUAGCCAGUACAUUUCUAACUAUUCACACAGCAUACUUGCCAACUUUUCACCAUGACAUUCUAACAUAAGAAAACUAAAGCACUAUUACCAAGGGAAAAUUGGUGAUAUUAAUGUAAAUGAUAUACAUGUUGUGGUUUUUGUGGUGAUUCUUUUAGAGUAAAACUUCUGAAUAGAAACA